AUGUCCUCUCGGUCUGCAUUACCGUCUGGGAACGACAGGAGCACCGGAGACCAUGUAAGUCAUGUGUCGCUUGGGGCCAGCCGCUCCGACAAGGCCACCAGCCAGUCCAGCCGCUCGCUGGGCGCCCGGUGCAGGAACUCCAUCGCCUCCUGCUCCGACGAGCAGCCGCACAUUGGCAACUACCGCCUGCUCAAGACCAUCGGCAAGGGAAACUUUGCCAAGGUCAAGCUGGCCCGCCACAUCCUGACGGGCAAGGAGGUUGCAAUAAAAAUCAUUGACAAAACUCAGUUGAACCCAACCAGCCUACAGAAGCUCUUUCGGGAGGUACGAAUAAUGAAAGGCUUAAAUCACCCAAACAUAGUGCAGCUGUUCGAGGUGAUUGAGACUGAUAAGACCCUUUACCUUAUCAUGGAGUACGCCAGUGGAGGUGAAGUGUUCGACUACCUCGUGUCUCAUGGGAGAAUGAAGGAGGUUGAAGCCAGAGCCAAAUUUCGACAGAUCGUCUCCGCUGUCCAUUACUGCCACACCAAGAAGAUUGUCCACAGAGAUUUGAAGGCGGAGAACCUUCUGCUGGACGCCGACGCCAACAUCAAGAUUGCCGACUUUGGCUUCAGCAACGAGUUCACGCUGGGCAACAAGCUGGACACGUUCUGCGGCUCGCCGCCCUACGCCGCUCCCGAACUCUUCCAGGGCAAGAAGUAUGACGGGCCCGAGGUGGACGUCUGGAGCCUUGGAGUAAUCCUCUACACGCUGGUCAGCGGCUCGCUGCCCUUUGAUGGGCAGAACCUGAAGGAGCUGAGGGAGCGCGUGCUAAGGGGAAAGUACCGCGUGCCCUUCUACAUGUCCACAGACUGUGAAGGGAUCCUACGCCGAUUCCUGGUGCUCAACCCCACCAAACGCUGCACCCUAGACCAAGUCAUGAAGGACAAGUGGAUUAAUUCAGGGUACGAGGGGGAUGACCUGAAGCCCCACAUAGAACCUGUAGAAGACUUUAGCGAUCCGGCUCGCAUAGAGGUGAUGGUGGGGAUGGGCUUCACUUCAGAGGAAAUCAAGGACUCUCUGCUCAAUCAGAAAUACAAUGAAGUCACCGCCACCUACUUACUACUGGGCCGCAAGGGCGAUGAGGCCAGUGAGGCAAGAACAGCUAGUAGCCUGUCCCUGGCAAGGGUACGACCCAGCCCCAUCACCAACGGGACCAACAAGCACUCCUCAGCCACCGGCUCCUCUUCGUCCUCCACCUCCUCCUCACAUAGCAAGACCCAGCGCAGUGCCUCCACCUACCACAGGCAGCGACGACACAGCGACUUCUGCGGGCCCUCCAUGCCCGUCAUGCACCCCAAACGGAGCCCCACUAGCACGGGCGAGCGUGAGCUGCGGGAGGGACGAAUGCCUUCACGCAAGGCCAGUUGCAGCGUGAUGGGGAGCCACAGCCUCCCCCCCUCCAGCCCAAUGGUCAGCAGUGCCAACAACCCUAACAAGUCUGAGAUCCCAGACCGCCGCAAAGACAUGACCGCCACCACGAAUAACAUCCCUGGAAGCGCAAUGACACGCAGGAAUACAUAUGUCUGCACUGACCGCUCAGGUGCUGACAGACACUCUCUCCUGCAGAACGGCAAAGACAACAGCUCCCUUGGCCAUCGCAUACCGCAAGCGUCUCCCUCCACGCUCAGCAUUUCUGGCGCCGGAGCUGCCGCCUCUUCCUCGUCCUCAGACCGAUGCCGCCUGACCCGAGGCUCCACCAUCCGCAGCACCUUUCACGGGGGACAGCUGAGGGACCGCGGGCCCCCGGUCUAUUCGGCCCCACCCACUUCACCCACCUUGUCCCACCAUGACGCCAGCCCCCUGCCCCACGCCCGCACCAGGGCAACCUCCAACCUCUUCACCAAGCUGACCUCCAAACUCACUCGCAGGGUCACAAAUGAAUCUGAGGGAAUCAGGAGAUUUGCGGUCACAAGUUGCCAUCUACCUGGGUAUCAAAAAGCGUCCGAGCCCCGGCCCGUCGGACGUGGCUGGGAUCUGAGAGGCGGUGGGCGGCGGGACCCUGCGGAGGUGGUUCUGGCCCUGCGGGAGGCGGCGCUCGGAUGUGGCUGCCAGGUCCACCACGCCGGCCCCUUUCUGCUCUCCUGCACCCACGACGUGGCAGGGGGCCGCGUGGCUUUCGAGGCCGAAGUGUGCCACCUCUCCACGGGCACCUCCGAGACUUCUAACGGGGUGCGCUACACGCGACUCUGGGGGACGCCGCUAGCUUUCCGGGACAUUGCCACCCAAAUCUCCAAGGACCUUGAACUUUGAAACAGGGGGACGUGUUUGCGUAUGAGUGCGUGUUGUUGUGUGAGCGAGUGUUGGAUGUGUGCGGGUAAAGGGAGGUGGGGGGGUUGGAAAUAAUUGAAGAAAAAUAUAGCAGA